AUGAACAAUACAGACAAUACAGUAAUACAGUUGCUUCAAGGAAUACAAGCUGCACUUAUUUCCCUAAAGAGUGGUCAAGAAGCAUUGCUAGGCCAUCAAGAAACUCUUACUGAAAUCAUUCCAAGACCCAUAUCAAAAAUCAACGAUAUAACUUUAAAACAUAUAUACAAGAUGAUAACAUACGAUCUUAGAAUAGAAUUGACCGAGGAAACCAAGAAAAUUGUUAACACAUGUACCAAAAUCAUAUGUAAUCAACUGGCAGCUCUUUCAUCUGUUCAGGAUCUUGGAACAAACCCUGGCUGGUCAUUGCUUCCUCAAGAGGAUAAAAACAGGCUGUGUAUUAAUUAUUCUAUCAUACUCAGAGACAAUAGAAUUGUUUUUACCAGAUGCCACAGAAACUGGGCAUCAAUUGCAAGGGUUAGCCAGCUCUGA